UCUCCCGUGACUCAUGAGCCCACUAGACUUGCAGCGAAAAUGUUGGAGGAUCGUGGAAAAUGCCGCAGUCUUUGACGACGAAGCUUAUACCGGCCGGAGAAGGACAGAAGAAUGAGGGGGAAAUAGAAAGGAGAAAAAGAAAAGAAAGAGGCAAAAAAAAAAGUCUAGCGACUGAGUGGGAAGACAAGGGAGGGGCUUGGAAAGUAUCAACUUGUGUGUUUUAGCUAGCUGCUGAGGCGUGCUUUCACUGCACACCAAACCAACUGAAUGGGACGGUUGUGAGAUAUAUCAAGCCUAUAAUUAAGCCAAACAGGACAAAUCUUCGGUAGGGGGCACACGUUUCUCUAUAAAUACCUUUACUCUUUGAAAGUGCCGGACAAACAGCAGUAGAAAAGGCUUCGGCACCUUUCGAGCGCUUCUUCUUUCCGUGCAAAACGCCCCUUACAUACAUCUGCGAAGGAGCACGAACGGAGGAGAGAGGAAAACUGAAAGAGCACAGAAGUUCCUUUAAAUAUGAUUACGGUGCUGCUCCUUGUUCUGUACGUUCCUCGCGUGCUGUCUUCUGCGACACAGGCGGCGGCCAUCUUCCCCCAGGACCCCGCUCUGCGCAUCGGUUCCACGUUGACAGCCACCUGCUCGGUGAGCUCUGAGCUGGGCCUGCAUGCCAGCCAGCUCUUCUGGACCCUGAACGGGCAGCGGCUGCCCAGCGGCGCCUACAGCGUGGCGGGGCCCACGGCGCUCACGGUCACCCUACCCCACCUCAGCGGCUCCCGACAGCCCUCCGGCGACAACCUGGUGUGCCACGGCGGUGGGGGGCACGUUCUGGCUGGUUCCUGCCUCUAUGUGGGCAUGCCCCCCGAGAAACCAGUGAACCUAACCUGCUGGUCCCGAAACACAAAGGACCUCACCUGUAAGUGGGCCCCCGGUGGACAGGGGGAGGCCUUUAUAAGGACCGAAUACAGACUGAAGUACCGGCUCAGGUGGUACGGCCGGGAGAAAGAGUGCGAACACUACAGUAUGGGACAGCUGUACAGCUGCUACAUCCCCCGAGACUUGGCGCUCUUCACCCCCUACGAAAUCUGGGUGGAGGCUUCCAACCAGCUGGGAACGGCCACCUCUGACAUCAUCACCCUGGACAUCCUCGACGUGGUGACCACAGACCCCCCCGUAGAUGUCCAGGUCAGUCGGGUGGGGGAGCUGGACGACCAGCUGAGCGUACGAUGGAGUAACCCCCCUGCCCUGAAGGACUUCCUCUUCCAGGCCAAGUACCAGAUCCGCUACCGGCUGGAGGACAGUGCAGACUGGAAGGUUGUGGACGAUGUCGGCAAUCAGACGUCCUGCCGGCUGGCCGGCCUUAGGCCAGGCACGGUCUACUUCGUCCAGGUGCGCUGCAACCCAGUGGGCAUCUACGGCUCCAGGAGACCGGGCAUCUGGAGUGACUGGAGCAGCCCCACGGCCGCCUCGACGCCCCUUAGUGAGCGGCUGCUGAGUGGGUCAUGUGACCCGAAGGCGGGCGAGCAGAACGCCACGCUGCGCCGGGAGCUGAAGCAGUUCUUCGGCUGGGUGCGGAAGCACACGUACGGCUGCAGCGGCGUGACCAUCAAGCUGUAUGAUCAGUGGCGUGUCUGGCUGCAGAAAUCGCAUAAGACGCGCAACCAGAUUCUACAAGGCGAUAAGUUAUAGCACACCGAAGAAAAACAUAACAUUAGAAAAAGAAAAAAAUAAACUUAGAGGCUUGUUUGCUGAGAGGCAGUGAUCACAUUGCGCUGGAGGCUACGGGUCCCAUUCACAGCAAUCCGACUGCAAAGGGACACUGCAAGGGACACUGCAAGGGACACUGCAAGGGACACUGUGAAAACCAAAUGACGGCAGAACCCCGCUGCCCAGAAACUCAACUGCCAGCUCAACACAGGACCCAGGGUGCCCUGGACGGUGGGAAAAACACCCACAGUGGGACAGUUAUUGCUGCUGAGGGACCAUCAGCGUAGAAUGAAGCUAAUAAGUGACUCAUAUUUAAACCGGAAAAGGUUCUCCAACACUGACAGUCUGUCAGGGGCUUCAGUGUAAAUGUAGUAUUACUGGUUAUUUAUCAUUUGAAUCACAAGUCGAGUGCAGUGGCCGCAUGGCACUGCGGUGGUCAGAUUGUGCCAGUGCAGUGUGGCCCGCGGUUGGGUGGAGGAUGGCGAGGGCCGGGGUACUGGAAGACGUAACGCGAUAGCCAGUGAUGAAGCAGAGCAGCAGGUGUGUAAUCGCUAACAAGCACAGGCGAGUCUGCAGUGAGCCCCGUUGGAUUUACCUCGCAGAAUCUCCACGGCCGUUCGUGAGUCAUGAAGUCUGCUGAGAAAAGGUGAGAGGGGAGCGGUCGAUCAAGGGCACUGCUUUGAGGGCCCCAGACACGCCAAGAGAGGAGGCGCAAGGAGCACAUGCCGCGGUAUUACAGUGCCUCCAUAUUUAACUGAUUUCCUUCAAACGGAGAAGACUGCCAUACCUCACGAGACUUGGGCUAUAUCGCAAACUGCAUUCAAACUAAUGCGAUUUCUGCAUGGAGAAUUCCUGCAAACACAUCAGUUACUGCCUUAUGAUCCACAGUAGUUUUCUUAAAGCUACAAUUUUUAUACCAGUUUAUUUUAAAGUGGGCCGACCGAGAGGAACAACAAUGCCAGAACUCACCGAAAGGCUCAGUCAACCCACGCAUCACUAAAUACAUUGUCAAGGCCCGAUUAGAGAGAUUGGCAAUAGCUGAACUGUCCAUCCCCGUCUCCGGAGGCUGUGAUUGGGCGAUGAUGCAGAAACCGUGAUGUCACGCAAGGAGUGUUGACUAUUCAGCCGAAUUUCAGAUUGCUGUGCUGUAUCGUACCUUGUGUGAAUGAUUGUUUAUAUUAUGUAUUGCCUUUAUUUUUUUACCAAAUUGUAUCAGCAUAUUUAAAAGUCUAAUUAUAUGUCCUUUCCUAAGUUAUGCAUUGGUUACAGUAUU